AUGUGUUCGACCUUCCAGGCUGACGAAGGUUUUGCUACACCUCACACUUGUGCAUCUAAGGCCUGCGUGGUAUCAAAACAAGUUCAGGCAAAGGUGUCUUUGGAACCACAACCAGCAAUGCUAGAACUUGAUGCACCGGUUGUAAUUUUCGGUGACGUUCAUGGGCAACUUAGGGACUUACUGAGGUUUUUCACGAUAGUUGGUCCUCCUCCGCACAAUAAAAUACUUUUCCUUGGUGAUUAUGUGGACAGAUGUAAAAAAUCGCUUGAGGUUAUUAUGCUUCUGCUAUGCUAUCGCGUCAAAUAUCCCAACCUCAUUCACCUGCUUCGCGGAAAUCACGAAUGUUCUAAAAUGAAUCGAUUGUACGGGUUUUACGAAGAGCUGCGAAGAAAGAGAAAUGUGUACAUGUGGAAGAAAUUUCAAGAGGUUUUCAACGAAAUGCCGCUCUGUGCUGUUGUCAGCAGCCGUCUACUUUGUAUGCAUGGCGGUAUCUCACCAGACAUUCAUAAUUGGGAUUCUCUACAAAGUCUACAGAAACCUAAAACACCUCGUGCAUGCGAUGAAGGAGUAGCCGUCGACCUUAUGUGGUCCGAUCCCUCUGUGGAUUCAUGCACUGGAUUCCAGUUUAAUACGGUUCGUGAAGGGAUU